CGGUCGGGGUGUGCAGUCGGACGGACGAACGAACAGCGCGUCGCUGUCCCCCCGGCGGCUGGAGAUGUCCGAGCCCAAGGCCAUUGAUCCCAAGUUGUCGACGACGGACCGGGUGGUGAAAGCUGUCCCAUUUCCUCCAAGUCACCGGCUCACAGCAAAGGAAGUGUUUGAUAACGAUGGGAAACCUCGUGUGGAUAUCUUAAAGGCACAUCUCAUGAAGGAGGGCCGGCUGGAAGAGAGUGUUGCAUUGAGAAUAAUAACAGAGGGGGCUUCCAUUCUUCGACAGGAAAAAAAUUUGCUGGAUAUUGAUGCACCAGUCACAGUUUGUGGGGACAUCCAUGGACAAUUCUUCGAUUUGAUGAAGCUCUUUGAAGUGGGGGGAUCUCCUGCCAACACUCGCUACCUCUUCUUAGGGGACUAUGUUGACAGAGGGUACUUCAGCAUCGAAUGUGUGCUGUAUUUGUGGGCAUUGAAAAUUCUUUACCCAAAAACACUGUUUUUACUUCGUGGAAAUCAUGAAUGUAGACAUCUAACAGAAUAUUUCACAUUUAAACAAGAAUGUAAAAUAAAGUAUUCAGAACGCGUCUACGACGCCUGUAUGGAUGCCUUCGACUGCCUGCCCCUGGCUGCUCUGAUGAACCAGCAGUUCCUGUGCGUGCAUGGCGGUCUGUCUCCAGAGAUUAACACGUUGGACGAUAUCAGAAAAUUAGACCGAUUCAAAGAACCACCUGCUUAUGGACCUAUGUGCGACAUCCUGUGGUCAGACCCCCUGGAGGACUUCGGCAAUGAGAAGACUCAGGAACAUUUCACUCACAACACAGUCAGGGGGUGUUCAUACUUCUACAGUUACCCGGCUGUUUGUGAAUUCUUACAGCACAAUAACUUGUUAUCUAUCCUCCGAGCCCAUGAAGCCCAGGACGCAGGGUAUCGCAUGUACAGGAAAAGCCAGACAACAGGCUUCCCUUCUCUUAUUACCAUUUUCUCAGCACCAAACUACUUAGAUGUAUACAACAACAAAGCUGCAGUAUUGAAGUACGAGAACAACGUCAUGAAUAUCAGGCAAUUCAACUGUUCUCCUCAUCCAUACUGGCUUCCAAAUUUCAUGGAUGUUUUCACUUGGUCUCUGCCAUUUGUCGGGGAAAAAGUGACUGAGAUGCUGGUAAAUGUCCUCAACAUCUGUUCAGAUGAUGAACUAGGGUCGGAAGAGGAUGGAUUUGAUGGAGCCACAGCUGCGGCCCGGAAGGAGGUGAUAAGGAACAAGAUCCGAGCAAUAGGCAAAAUGGCCAGAGUGUUCUCGGUCCUCAGAGAGGAGAGCGAGAGUGUGCUGACGCUGAAAGGCCUGACGCCCACAGGCAUGCUUCCCAGCGGCGUGCUCUCUGGAGGGAAGCAAACUCUGCAAAGCGCUACUGUUGAGGCUAUUGAGGCUGAUGAAGCUAUCAAAGGAUUUUCACCACAACAUAAGAUCACUAGCUUCGAGGAGGCCAAAGGCUUAGACCGAAUUAACGAGAGGAUGCCACCUCGCAGAGAUGCCAUGCCCUCCGACGCCAACCUUAACUCCAUCAACAAGGCCCUCGCCUCAGAGACUAACGGCACGGACAGCAAUGGCAGUAAUAGCAGCAAUAUACAGUGACCACUUCCUGUUCACUCUUUCCUUUCCUUUUUCCUUUCUCUUUUCUUUCUUUCUUUUUCGAGCUGCAGGGCAUGGUGGGAUUGCUGCAUAUUGGCAGUUGUAUGUUCUUGCCUCUGAAGAGAGCUUAUUUGCUGUGGGGGCCAGGAAUUGGAUCCAGUUUACACUAUCCUUAGAAAAGAGGGAGAGAUAGAUAAUAAACUAUAUUUUGGUGAGGGUGGUGAUUAAACACCUCUUUUGGUAUACCUUUUAAAAAUGCUUAUAAGGAAAAGCAAAUUAAAAAAAAAAAAAGAAAGCUAAUUAAUGCUAGUAUAUAUUGCAAUGUUAGGGAAUGGACUUGUUUUCCUCCUGCAUUGGGGACUCCAAGAUAGGGUAAUGCAAGGUCUUUCAUUAUGUUACUGGACACGAAAACUUUGUCUAAUUUCUUACUCUAUUGUACGUUUACAGUUGCAGCACUAAAAAUGGAUGACAUCAAACAUUUUUAACAAAAUGAUGUACAAACUAAGGACUAUUUAUUGAUAAUGUUUUGCUACUCUUGUCAGACAAUGGCUAUAAAAUGAAUUAGGCAGUCUUAAAAAUAAA